CCUCUCUGAAUCUCUGAUCAAUCAAACAUGCCCAUCUCCGACGCCGGAACUGCCUCUCGGGUUCCGUUUGCAAUUCCUUCUCUUCCAAGUCGCCAGGUUGCAACUGCUCUCAAAUAUUUGCCAUUCAAUUCUUAUGGGAAUUUGAGUUACCCCAAAUGGGCUGCACCUCGUUUUUCUAGAAAUCUCAAACUUGUGGCAAGUUCGGCUUCCGGGGAUGACACAUCAGUUGCCUUUGAUGUGUCAAUUCCUAGGGACUAUGAUGAGCUCCUUGAACAAGCCAGUAAAGCAACUCAAUUGGCUUUGAACGAUAACAAACAGUUGAUGGAGAUCGAGUUUCCUACUGCUGGACUUGACUCUGUACCAGGGGAUGGUGAAGGAGGAAUAGAAAUGACUGGAAGUAUACAGCUAAUACGAGAAUUUUGUGACAUCUUGAUAUCUCCCGAGAAAGCCACACGGACCAGAAUAUUUUUUCCUGAGGCCAAUGAAGUUGAAUUUGCAAGGAAAGCAGCAUUCGAAGGAGCACCCUUCAAGUUGGACUAUCUGACUAAGCCAUCAUUUUUCGAGGAUUUUGGUUUUACUGAGAAAGUAAAAAUGACAGACCGUGUGAAGCCAAAAGAUGAACUUUUCUUGGCUGCAUAUCCAUAUUUUAAUGUCUCCGAAAUGCUUGUGGUUGAAGAGCUGUACAGAGAAGCUGUUCUGAACACUUCCAGAAAGCUAAUUAUUUUCAACGGAGAACUUGACCGGAUAAGAUCUGGGUAUUAUCCAUCUUUCUUCUACCCAAAGCUCGCCGCACUUUUGAAGACCCUGUUUCCAAGUAUGGAGACUGUAUACUACAUCCACAACUUUAAAGGACGCAAUGGAGGGACCCUUUUCAGGUGCUACCCAGGACCGUGGAAAGUCUUCAGAAAAGUGAGGAAUAGAUAUAUUUGUUUGCAUCAGCAGGAAGCUAUGCCAUCUCUCAAGGAAGUUGCCUUGGAAAUUCUUCCAUCGGCUUGAAUUUUUGUCACAGAAAUUUACUUAUUUGGUGUUUUGGGAU